UGUAGCCCAGUGCAGAUUUUUUUAAAAAAAAAAUAAUACUUAUACAGAUAUAUAUACAUAAAUAGAGGCUAGGCCCAUUAUUCUUAUUAUACAAGUUAUGAGUUAAUAAACUAAGGCCCACUAUCAAUUUCUCUCCCAAUUCUUAAUAAACCAAGGCCCAUGAAUGAUAAUCCAUGACCAUCUAAGAAGCCCUUCAGCCCUUCACUGCUUCACAGUAACCUGAUUCACCUCUUCCGAAGUGGCUUUUGAGUCUUCGAGAAUUCGAAUUUUCCACAGUAGCUUGCUUGUGCCGUGCGAGAUUCAACUCCACUUCCACCCUCUAGUGCGGCUGCUCAUCCUAAUUCCUAUGCUCCUGCUUAUAUAAGGUUGGUAUAACUUAUAAGGGUAUGAAUGAUGGUAUUCCACUUGUAGCCCAUUAGCCCCUAAUUGUAUUUUUUUUAUGCUCAAUCGUGACAAUUUUUUAUUGUAAUGGCUGCAGCCUGCAGCGUCCUUUAUUGCUCAUAUUUGCUCACAGUGAAGUGGCCGACAAAGAUAUCAUCCCCUUGUAAAAAGGUUAUAAACGUAAUGGCCCAUCAUCAACCACCACCUAAAAGAGGGAAAACUCUAUUUUCCUUCUUUAAAAAGAAAGAUGGUAUUCCUGAUGAUCAACAAAAUGCAGCAGCACAAACUUCAAUUCCUAAUUUGCGCACUUCUGAAACUGUUGUGGUUGAAAGUUCAAUUCCUAAUGUGCACACUAUAGACACGACUUCUUUUCAACGAGAUCCAGGCUUACGUAUCCCAAUUAAUGGUUAUCCAGUUAAUCAACGAGAUGAGAUUAGACGUAAAUAUCUAAAUGCAGGGCCUUUUCAACCAAAACUUUCUGAGUAUCCUGGGACAGAAGUUGGGGACCAGCAUCGCCGAUUUCAGUAUGCUUGGUACAAAAAAUUUCCAUGGUUGGAGUAUUCUCCUUCUAAGGAUAAAGCAUAUUGUUUUCCGUGUUUCAUUAUUGAGACUAAAAGUAGCUCUGCUUUAGUUAAUGAAGGGUUCAACGAUUGGAAGAGAGUUAACAACGGAGAGAAAUGUGUAUUUCUUGUUCAUGUUGGAAGUGUAUCUUCAUCACAUAACAAUUGUGUGAGAUGUGUCUAG